AUAUCCUGAUUAUCCUGUAUUCCUGUCAAUAUUUACCAUAAUAUUUGUKAUGCUCAGUAAUUUCUCACCUACCGGCUACCACUGAUUAAUGUUUUCAUAGAUAAYGUAAUAGUGCUUCUUGUUUCUACUUUCUGAGUACUGACUGCAUUCUAUAGYAUUCUACCAUGUUCGUGAUUAAAUGUCUUAUACAAAAAAAUAUAAUGAAACGAUUAAAGCCUUAGCCCGUGCCCCGUAGAUUCACCACCACCUUUUUGAUUAUAUAUUUGAAAAAUGAUUUCGAAAAAUGGUGUCGUAAGUGUUUAYGGUUUUCUGUUGGGCUUGUCCAUCUUAUUCGUGUGGUUGCUGCUUCGGAAUAGCGACUUACUGGACACCUAUGUCGAUCCUGCAGUUGUGAAUCCGUUGCAUUUGUAUAUCGUCUACACUGCUGUUGCCAACGUCCUGGUACGUGUCGUCAACCAAGSAACCGCGUAUAAAGUAUGUGCCCAGGCCUUGUUCCUGGGUUUAGCCAUGGCUGCAGGUUUGCUGAUCUCMAUCCAAGCACCKGCUUCUUGGAAACCUUUUGGAUGGUACAUAUGUGUAAUGGCMAUAUUUCAUUACUCUGAGUUCCUCAGCAUAGCCGUGUGUAAUCCUAAAACUCUAACGUCCUCAUCAUUCAUGUUGAAUCACAGUAUUGCUUACGGUGUAGCUGCUGCAACAAGUUGGCUAGAAUAUCUAUUGUGGCAUUACUUCUUACCUGAUAUGAAAACUAUACAUGAAAUCAGUUACUUUGGUCUUUUGUUAUGUGCUUUCGGAGAGGCUUUGAGAAAAGGAGCUAUAUGGACUGCCAGAGAUAACUUCACGCAUUUAGUGCAGCAAGAAAAAGCACAGACACAUACGCUGGUCACACACGGAGUGUACUCGUGGUUCAGACAUCCUAGUUAUGUUGGGUGGUUUUACUGGUCCAUAGGCACACAAAUUGUCAUGAUAAAUCCUGUGUGCGUUGUGGCGUAUGCGCUGGCCAGCUGGAAAUUCUUUAAGGAUCGAAUCUACUACGAGGAAAUCACGCUCUUGAAUUUCUUUGGGGAAGACUAUAUUUCAUAUCAGGAAAAAGUCGGAAUUGGCUUACCAUUCAUCAAGGGAUUUGUGGUUACACGUGACAAACAAUAAAAAACAAAUAUUUAUCCAUCUCUUAUUAUUGGAUAAAACAUUUAAAAAUAUUCUAGACAACCGUGUAGUUGUUUCAAUAUUGUUUCGCACAUGAUAAAUUAACUAACUGCAUACAAAUAUGUAUAUAAUAUAUUAAAAGUAUAAAAAUACAAAGUAAUACAAAAGUCUAUUKUUAAAUUACUUUUUGUGUAAAAUAAGCGAUUAAAAAUAGCACUUAUACUUAUGUAUAUAUAUAUAUAUAUUUUUUAUAACAUUUAUUUUGAUAUUAAUAAAAGUAAUAAAGGUUUAAUCUUAUUUUAUAAUUUGAUUUUUAUUSACAUAAAGUAAGAUUCAAGUAGGAACAGGAACUUAUACAGGGUAAUAAUGGAAAAAAAAAAAAAAGUAAAAAGUUGGUCCGAAAAUACGAAAAUAAAAGAAGUCUUACAAUGUACUUAUUGGCAAGUUUUUACAUCCCAUGUUAGAUAAAACUACUAAAUUUAUAAAUAAUACGUUUCCAAAAAAAAAA